AUGCAGCAUACAUAUGACAGUAUAAAUACUCCGUACUGCAAGUCGACAGUAUCACCGCUGUCAAUCCAGAGUAGACCCAUUCAUCCCCAACGGGCAUAUGUCAACGUCAACGACAACGACAACGGCCGCGGCCACGACCAGGCCAACGCAGAAACAAACUCAAACCUCAAACCCACUCGGCGCCUGACUAGCUUGCUGGGACAAGACAACUUGCUUCAGACAUCGACGCAUCAUUGUCGGCCUGACCGCUCAACCAUGAAGCCGUUGACUUCGCUGUCCCGCCUCUCUGCCUUGGCCGAUUCCACGGUUCAACCCGCUCCGCUGCUCGACCAUUGGCUUUUCCGAUUGGGACGGGGGUUUAGACUCAUCUCGGGCUGA